GCCCUUCCGUCAAUUUCUUUAAGUUUCAGCCUUGCGACCAUACUCCCCCCAGAACCCAAAAACUUUGAUUUCUCGUAAGGUGCCGAACGGGUCAUAAUAGAAACACCGUCCGAUCCCUAGUCGGCAUGGUUUUUUGAAGUCACGCUGGAGAGUGGUCGUGAGAAUAAACUUAGUGGGGAUGAUCGGUCAGACCCACACCCCACAGCCUUAAUCCAACAGCCCCCCUUUCUUUUCCAGGAUCAGCGCCGGCGAGACCCAGAGAGCGUAACUGGGCCCUGAGCUCGAAUGGACUGUGUACGCGGCCGAGUUGAAAGGUGUCAAGAUGGCCCUGUUCACCUCUCUUGCGGGGGACACCCUGCUGAGCUGCACCCCUGGCGGACAAAUACAGCUGGUGUCCCCGGGCGUCCUUUCCCGACAGCUGUAUUUGAGGGCCACCUAUGACCGAUACAAAGCUCUCCAAGAUGAAAACUCUGUUGGUCUUGUGAUUGACUGGAUCGCUGCGCCCGUAGGGGUGGAAGAGAGCGAGGUUGCAGACUUUUACGGCGAAGCGGGCUGCGAGAUGUCGAACCGGGCCAGGAGAACAGAUUCUCCGCCUGGUUUCAGCUGCCAAAAGGACCGUUCGCAAGAAAUUCCAGGGGCAGUGACUCGCCGAACGAAGAGCAGGAAGUUAGAUGGAGACGGGAGUGGAUACAGAGGCCAUGUGGGAGCGGCGGUUAUCACGCCCAAAGAGAAUGGGACCCGGAUGAAGAUCCCCCAAUAUAUGGGCCCGGAGACCAUCAGCAACGUGUAUUCAGCGGAACUCCGGGGCCUACAACUGGCCACCACGUGGAAUAGGGUCCUAGGGGUGGACAGGGCCAGGAAGGAAGGAGAGGUGCACGUAUUCAUUGACAGUCAGGCUGCACUGAAGGCCAUGAACGCAGGGGAACAGGGGGACGAAGCGAGGUGUAGCUUUUCGAUAGUUCCCCUUUUGUUCUUCGAAUACGCAAGUCUUAGUGAAUAUUAG